AUGAGCUCGAAACCGGCCACAAUUGCCGUUGUCGGCACAGGCCCGGCCGGAGUAUCAGCACUCAAAAACCUUUUGGAUGAAGGCUUCGAUGUUACAGCGUUUGAGAGACGGCCAAAUGUAGGUGGUGUCUGGACGCUAUCUGAGGACCCCGACCAUGUCUCUACAAUCCACUGCACAAAAUAUCAGACUAGCAAGUUUUCUUGUCCGAUUGCUGAUUAUCCGGUUCCGGAUGACUUUCCUCUUCACGUCACGGCCCCUAUCUGGGGAAAAUACUGGCAGUCCUAUGUCCGGGACACUGGCCUCGAGGCAUACAUUGAGUUCAACAAGACGGCCACGUCUGUGAGGAGGAACCAACUCGACACCAAAUGGCUUCUCAGUUUCAAAGACGAAGAAUAUCCUCGCGAAUUUGACAAGAUUGUUUGGGCCACGGGGUGUGAUACUGUGCCCAAGAUGCCCAAGAUCCAGGGCCAGGCGCGUUUCGAAGGGCGUAUCCUUCAUUCCAUUGCCUACAACAACGCCGAAGAGUUCCAGGACCAGAAUGUCAUUGUUCUGGGUCUUGGAAAUACCGCCGCUGACAUUGCCUCAGACCUUACUUCUCAGACAGCCAAGACGUACCUGUCCCAUCGCCGAGGUGCCAAGAUUCUGCCUCGUAUCAACAAUGAGGGCAAACCUCUAGACUUUUCUUCUUCAUGGUCGGCUACAAGACUUGCCUUUUGGCUAAGCGAGUAUGUUCCAAAGACUUAUGCCAAGUUAACCGAUUGGGCCCUUAGCAAGAUGGUUGCGGCGGCCUGGGGCCCUCAGGAUCCCGCCUGGGGCUUUGAGCCUUCUCCUGGCUGUGAGGACUACUCCACGCCCGUCAUCAGUGACGAUAUUAUACCCCUGUGCCGUGCCAAGAAGAUUGAGCCAGUCGCCGCGGUCAAAGCCAUCAUUGGUCCAAAGAUGGUUCAACUUGAGAAUGGUCAACUCCUUGAUGACGUGGAUGCCAUUGUUCUCGGUACCGGAUAUGAAAAUGACUUUGGUGUUCUCAACGACGCUCUGACCUGGACCAUUAUCGACCCCAAGUUCCCGCUGCCCAAUCUGUACCAGAACGUCUUUCCGCCAGAAUACCCCGACUCUAUUGCCUGUUUGUGCUACCCCAUGGUCCCCGAGAGCGGUGGAACAAUGAGAGAUCUUACGGCCAUGGCCGUUGCCCAAAUCUGGGCCGGCAAGUCUUCUCUUCCAGAUACGCAGACCAUGUGGCAGUGGAUCUAUGAAUACCAGCCCUGGCUCACGCAUGGCCGCCAAAAGUUUACCAGUCACUACAAGGGAAAGCUCAAGCCCCAUCUCUGGCUCAAGUGGGUUCAUGAGUGCGCAGGUACCGGUCUGUACGAGAACCUUGGCUGGAGUAGUGCUGCUUGGAGUUUCUGGUGGAAAGACCGCAAGUUUUACAACAUGUGCGCCAACGGUGUCUACACUCCCCAUCUGCUUCGUCUCUUUGAUACCGGAAAACGCAAGGCCUGGGCCGGUGCCCGCGCGGCUAUUAUCAAGGUUAAUGAAGAUCGUGACGCCCUAUUGGAGGCUGUUAAGCGCAAUGUCGGUGGCGAAAUGGGUAUCGGCAAGGACGGCUCGGUCGCUUCGUCAACUACGAGCGUCAAUGUCAAGUGGUCGCCCGCUGUCACCCGGCUGUGA